CGCGGAGGGGCGGCGCGGGCGCCAGUGGGAUUCUCCAAGCGGCUGUGCGCCGUUGCCGCGGGCCGUGCGCAGGCUGCGGGCCAGCCGGGCGCUGCGCAGUCUCCGCAGGCGCCAGCGGGAGGGGUCGAGGCGGAGGCGCGGCAGGCUGCUGCAGGCCCAGGUGAAUGGAGUAACCUGACAGCGGGGACGAGGCGACGGCGAGCGCGAGGAAAUGGCGGCGGGGGCGGCGGCGCCGGGCGGCUCCGGGAGGCCUGGGCUGUGACGCGCGCGCCGGAGCGGGGUCCGAUGGUUCUCGAAGGCCCGCGGCGCCCCGUGCUGCAGGUUACCUAGGGUAUGAAUUAAUACAGACUUGGAAACUCUGAAAGAACUUAGAAUCAGCAUUUUGAGAGCAGAAGCUUGAGCAUGCUGUGAUUUUCCAAUAAACUGCUAUCACAAUGUCAAAAUGCAGUUCAGACAACAGCAACACAGAGAUCUCAAACAUUAAAACGUUUCAUAGAGUAAUAGCAAUGAACACUCCAAAGCAGUGCAAGAGAGGAAAUUUCCUUCUGUGGGGCGAGGAAAUCCUGCUGACAGUAAAGCCAGUGGUAGGCUUUCACACAGAUAUUUGAAUCCCUGACCCUCUGUUUGAAGUAAGCUGUGCUAGAACAAAAAUGCAAUGAAAGAAACACUGGAUGAAUGAAAAGCCCUGCUUUGCAACCCCUCAGCAUGGCAGGCCUGCAGCUCAUGACCCCUGCUUCCUCACCAAUGGGUCCUUUCUUUGGACUGCCAUGGCAACAAGAAGCAAUUCAUGAUAACAUUUAUACGCCAAGAAAAUAUCAGGUUGAACUGCUCGAAGCAGCUCUGGAUCAUAAUACCAUCGUCUGUUUAAACACUGGCUCAGGGAAGACAUUUAUUGCAGUACUACUCACUAAAGAGCUGUCCUAUCAGAUCAGGGGAGACUUCAACAGAAAUGGAAAAAGGACGGUGUUCUUGGUCAACUCUGCAAACCAGGUUGCUCAACAAGUGUCAGCUGUCAGAACUCAUUCAGAUCUCAAGGUUGGGGAAUACUCAAACCUAGAAGUAAAUGCAUCUUGGACAAAAGAGAGAUGGAACCAAGAGUUUACUAAGCACCAGGUUCUUAUUAUGACUUGCUAUGUCGCCUUGAAUGUUUUGAAAAAUGGUUACUUAUCACUGUCAGACAUUAACCUUUUGGUGUUUGAUGAGUGUCAUCUUGCAAUCCUAGACCACCCCUAUCGAGAAAUUAUGAAGCUCUGUGAAAAUUGUCCAUCAUGUCCUCGCAUUUUGGGACUAACUGCUUCCAUUUUAAAUGGGAAAUGUGAUCCAGAGGAAUUGGAAGAAAAGAUUCAGAAACUAGAGAAAAUUCUUAAGAGUAAUGCUGAAACUGCAACGGACCUGGUGGUCUUAGACAGGUAUACUUCUCAGCCAUGUGAGAUUGUGGUGGAUUGUGGACCAUUUACUGACAGAAGUGGGCUUUAUGAAAGACUGCUGAUGGAAUUAGAAGAAGCACUUAAUUUUAUCAAUGAUUGUAAUAUAUCUGUACAUUCAAAAGAAAGAGAUUCUACUUUAAUUUCAAAACAGAUACUAUCAGACUGUCGUGCUGUAUUGGUAGUUCUGGGACCCUGGUGUGCAGAUAAAGUAGCUGGAAUGAUGGUAAGAGAACUACAGAAAUACAUCAAACAUGAGCAAGAGGAGCUGCACAGGAAAUUUUUAUUGUUUACAGACACUUUUCUAAGGAAAAUACAUGCACUAUGUGAAGAGCACUUCUCACCUGCCUCACUUGACCUGAAAUUUGUAACUCCUAAAGUAAUCAAACUGCUCGAAAUCUUACGCAAAUAUAAACCAUAUGAGCGACAGCAGUUUGAAAGUGUUGAGUGGUAUAAUAAUAGGAAUCAGGAUAAUUAUGUGUCAUGGAGUGAUUCUGAGGAUGAUGAUGAGGAUGAAGAAAUUGAAGAAAAAGAGAAGCCAGAGACAAAUUUUCCUUCUCCUUUUACCAACAUUUUAUGUGGAAUUAUUUUUGUGGAAAGAAGAUACACAGCAGUUGUCUUAAACAGAUUGAUAAAGGAAGCUGGCAAACAAGAUCCUGAGCUGGCUUAUAUCAGUAGCAAUUUUAUAACUGGACAUGGCAUUGGGAAGAAUCAGCCUCGCAACAAGCAGAUGGAAGCUGAAUUCAGAAAACAGGAAGAGGUACUUAGGAAAUUUCGAGCACAUGAGACCAACCUGCUUAUUGCAACAAGUAUUGUAGAAGAGGGUGUUGAUAUACCAAAAUGCAACUUGGUGGUUCGUUUUGAUUUGCCCACAGAAUAUCGAUCCUAUGUUCAAUCUAAAGGAAGAGCAAGGGCACCCAUCUCUAAUUAUAUAAUGUUAGCAGAUACAGACAAAAUAAAAAGUUUUGAAGAAGACCUUAAAACUUACAAAGCUAUUGAAAAGAUCUUGAGAAACAAGUGUUCCAAGUCGGUCGAUACUGGUGAGACUGACAUCGAUCCUGUCGUGGAUGAUGAUGACGUUUUCCCACCAUAUGUGUUGAGGCCUGACGAUGGUGGUCCACGAGUCACAAUCAACACGGCCAUUGGACACAUCAAUAGAUACUGUGCUAGAUUACCAAGUGAUCCGUUUACUCAUCUAGCUCCUAAAUGCAGAACCCGAGAGUUGCCUGAUGGUACAUUUUAUUCAACUCUUUACCUGCCAAUUAACUCACCUCUUCGAGCCUCCAUUGUUGGUCCACCAAUGAGCUGUGUACGAUUGGCUGAAAGAGUUGUAGCUCUCAUUUGCUGUGAGAAACUGCACAAAAUUGGGGAACUGGAUGACCAUUUGAUGCCAGUUGGAAAAGAGACUGUUAAAUAUGAAGAAGAGCUUGAUUUGCAUGAUGAAGAAGAGACCAGUGUUCCAGGAAGGCCAGGUUCCACGAAACGAAGGCAGUGCUACCCAAAAGCAAUUCCAGAGUGUUUGAGGGAUAGUUAUCCCAAACCUGAUCAGCCCUGUUACCUGUAUGUGAUAGGAAUGGUUUUAACUACACCUUUACCUGAUGAACUCAACUUUAGAAGGCGGAAGCUCUAUCCUCCUGAAGAUACCACAAGAUGCUUUGGAAUACUGACAGCCAAACCCAUACCUCAGAUUCCACACUUUCCUGUGUACACACGCUCUGGAGAGGUUACCAUAUCCAUUGAGUUGAAGAAGUCUGGUUUCAUGUUGUCUCUACAAAUGCUUGAGUUGAUUACAAGACUUCACCAGUAUAUAUUCUCACAUAUUCUUCGGCUUGAAAAACCUGCACUAGAAUUUAAACCUACAGAUGCUGAUUCAGCGUACUGUGUUCUACCUCUUAAUGUUGUUAAUGACUCCAGCACUUUGGAUAUUGACUUUAAAUUCAUGGAAGAUAUUGAGAAGUCUGAAGCUCGCAUAGGCAUUCCCAGUACAAAAUAUACAAAAGAAACACCCUUUGUUUUUAAAUUAGAAGAUUACCAAGAUGCAGUUAUCAUUCCAAGAUAUCGCAAUUUUGAUCAGCCUCAUCGAUUUUAUGUAGCUGAUGUGUACACUGAUCUUACCCCACUCAGUAAAUUUCCUUCCCCUGAGUAUGAAACUUUUGCAGAAUAUUAUAAAACAAAGUAUAACCUUGACCUAACCAAUCUCAACCAGCCACUGCUGGAUGUGGACCAUACAUCUUCAAGACUUAAUCUUUUGACACCUCGACAUUUGAAUCAGAAAGGGAAAGCUCUUCCUUUAAGCAGUGCUGAGAAGAGGAAAGCCAAAUGGGAAAGUCUGCAGAAUAAACAGAUACUGGUUCCAGAACUCUGUGCUAUACAUCCGAUUCCAGCAUCACUGUGGAGAAAAGCAGUUUGUCUCCCCAGCAUCCUUUAUCGCCUUCACUGCCUUUUGACUGCAGAGGAGCUGAGAGCCCAGACUGCCAGCGAUGCUGGCGUGGGAGUCAGAUCACUUCCUGCGGAUUUUAGAUACCCUAACUUAGACUUCGGGUGGAAAAAAUCUAUCGACAGCAAAUCUUUCAUCUCAAUUUCUAACUCCUCUUCAGCGGAAAAUGAUAAUUACUGUAAGCACAGCACAAUUGUCCCUGAAAAUGCUGCACAUCAAGGUGCUAAUAGAACCUCCUCUCUAGAAAAUCAUGACCAAAUGUCUGUGAACUGCAGAACGUUGCUCAGCGAGUCCCCUGGUAAGCUCCAUGUUGAAGUUUCAGCAGAUCUUACAGCAAUUAAUGGUCUUUCUUACAAUCAAAAUCUCGCCAAUGGCAGUUAUGAUUUAGCUAACAGAGACUUUUGCCAAGGAAAUCAGCUGAAUUACUACAAGCAGGAAAUACCCAUGCAACCAACUACCUCAUAUUCCAUUCAGAAUUUAUACAAUUAUGAGAACCAGCCCAGCGAUGAAUGUACUCUCCUGAGUAAUAAAUACCUUGAUGGAAAUGCUAACAAAUCUACCUCAGAUGGAAGUCCCAUGAUGGCCGUAAUGCCUGGUACGACAGACGCUAUUCAAGUGCUCAAGGGCAGGAUGGAUUCUGAGCAGAGCCCUUCUAUUGGGUACUCCUCAAGGACUCUUGGCCCCAAUCCUGGACUUAUUCUUCAGGCUUUGACUCUGUCAAACGCUAGUGAUGGAUUUAACCUGGAGCGGCUUGAAAUGCUUGGCGACUCCUUUUUAAAGCAUGCCAUCACCACGUAUCUGUUUUGCACUUACCCUGAUGCUCAUGAGGGCCGCCUUUCAUAUAUGAGAAGCAAAAAGGUCAGCAACUGUAAUCUGUAUCGCCUUGGAAAAAAGAAGGGACUGCCCAGCCGCAUGGUGGUGUCAAUAUUUGAUCCCCCUGUAAACUGGCUUCCUCCUGGUUAUGUAGUAAAUCAAGACAAAAGCAACACAGAUAAAUGGGAAAAAGAUGAAAUGACAAAAGACUGCAUGCUGGCGAAUGGCAAACUGGAUGAGGACUACGAGGAGGAGGAUGAGGAGGAAGAGAGCCUGAUGUGGAGGGCUCCGAAGGAAGAGGCUGACUAUGAAGAUGAUUUCCUGGAGUAUGAUCAGGAACAUAUCAGAUUUAUAGAUAAUAUGUUAAUGGGGUCAGGAGCUUUUGUAAAGAAAAUCUCUCUUUCUCCUUUUUCAACCACUGAUUCUGCAUAUGAAUGGAAAAUGCCCAAAAAAUCCUCCUUAGGUAGUAUGCCAUUUUCAUCAGAUUUUGAGGAUUUUGACUACAGCUCUUGGGAUGCAAUGUGCUAUCUGGAUCCUAGCAAAGCUGUUGAAGAAGAUGACUUUGUGGUGGGGUUCUGGAAUCCAUCAGAAGAAAACUGUGGUGUUGACACGGGAAAGCAAUCCAUUUCUUACGACUUGCACACUGAGCAGUGUAUUGCUGACAAAAGCAUAGCGGACUGUGUGGAAGCCCUGCUGGGCUGCUAUUUAACCAGCUGUGGGGAGAGGGCUGCUCAGCUUUUCCUCUGUUCAUUGGGGCUGAAGGUGCUCCCGGUAAUUAAAAGGACUGAUCGGGAAAAGGCCCUGUGCCCUACUCGGGAGAAUUUCAACAGCCAACAAAAGAACCUUUCAGUGAGCUGUGCUGCUGCUUCUGUGGCCAGUUCACGCGCUUCUGUAUUGAAAGACUUGGAAUAUGGUUGUUUGAAGAUUCCACCAAGAUGUAUGUUUGAUCAUCCAGAUGCAGAUAAAACACUGAAUCACCUUAUAUCGGGGUUUGAAAAUUUUGAAAAGAAAAUCAACUACAGAUUCAAGAAUAAGGCUUAUCUUCUCCAGGCUUUUACACAUGCCUCCUACCACUACAAUACUAUCACUGAUUGUUACCAGCGCUUAGAAUUCCUAGGAGAUGCGAUUUUGGACUACCUCAUAACCAAGCACCUUUAUGAAGACCCGCGGCAGCACUCCCCGGGGGUCCUGACGGACCUGCGGUCUGCCCUGGUCAACAACACCAUCUUUGCAUCGCUGGCUGUAAAGUACGACUACCACAAAUACUUCAAAGCUGUCUCUCCCGAGCUCUUCCACGUCAUCGAUGACUUUGUGCAGUUUCAGCUUGAGAAGAAUGAAAUGCAAGGAAUGGAUUCUGAGCUUAGGAGAUCCGAGGAGGAUGAAGAGAAAGAAGAGGAUAUUGAAGUUCCAAAGGCCAUGGGGGAUAUUUUUGAGUCGCUUGCUGGUGCCAUUUACAUGGAUAGUGGGAUGUCGCUGGAGACGGUCUGGCAGGUGUACUACCCCAUGAUGCGGCCACUCAUAGAAAAGUUUUCUGCAAAUGUACCCCGUUCCCCUGUGCGAGAAUUGCUUGAAAUGGAACCAGAAACUGCCAAAUUUAGCCCGGCUGAGAGAACUUAUGACGGGAAGGUCAGAGUCACCGUGGAAGUAGUAGGAAAGGGGAAAUUUAAAGGUGUUGGUCGAAGUUACAGGAUUGCCAAAUCUGCAGCGGCAAGAAGAGCCCUCCGAAGCCUCAAAGCUAAUCAACCUCAGGUUCCCAAUAGCUGAAACCCCUUUUUAAAAUUCAAAACAAAAAACAAAAAAAAUUAAGGGGAAAACUAUUUAAAUCGGAAAGGAUGACUUAAAGUUGAUAUUGAGUGGAAUGAAUUGAAGGCAGAAUUUAAAGUUUGUUUGGUAACAAGAUAGAUAACAGAAUAAAACAUUUAACAUGUAUAAAAUUUUGGAACUAAUUGUAGUUUUAGUUUUUUGCGCAAACACAAUCUUGUCUUCUUUCCUCACUUCUGCUUUGUUUAAAUCACAAGAGUGCUUUAAUGAUGACUUUUAGCAAGUGUUCAAAAUAAUUGACAGGUGUUUUUUUUUUUUUUUUUUUUUGAGUUUAAUUUAUGUCAGCUUUGCUUAGUGUUAGAAGGCCAUGGAGCUUCAACUUAACUCCAGCAGUCCUAAGAUGAUGUAGAUUCUUCUCCAUCUCUCCGUGUGUGCAGUAGUGCCAGUCCUGCAGUAGUUGAUAAGCUGAAUAGAAUGAUAAGGUUUUUGAGAGGAGAAGUGCGCCAGUGUUGUCUUUUCUUUCCACGUUAUACUGUAUAAGGUGAUGUUCCUGGUCGCUGUUGCACCUGAUAGUAAGGGACAGAUUUUUAAUGAACAUUGGCUGGCAUGUUGGUGAAUCACAUUUUAGUUUUCCAAUGCCACAUAGUCUUGGAUAAAAAAGGUUCUUGCCUUAAAAGUAAAACCUUCAUGGAUAUUCUUUAAUCUCUGAUCUUUUUGGAACAAACUGUUUUACAUUCCCUUCAUUUUAUUAUGCAUUAGACGUUGAGACAGCGUGAUACUUACAACUCACUAGUAUAGUUGUAACUUAUUACAGGAUCAUCCUAAAAUUUCUGUCAUACGUAUACUGAAGACAUUUUAAAAACCAGAAUAUGUAGUCUACGGAUAUUUUUUAUCAUAAAAAUGAUCUUUGGCUAAACACCCCAUUUUACUAAAGACCUCCUGCUAGGUAGUUCCACUGAUGGAAAUGUUUAUGGCAAAUAAUUUUGCCUUCUAGGCUGUUGCUCUAACAAAAUAAACCUUAGACAUAUCACACCUAAAAUAUGCUGCAGAUUUUAUAAUUGAUUGGUUACUUAUUUAAAGAAGCAAAACAGAGCACCUUUACCCUCCGUCUCCUCACAUAAAUUUCUUACUGUACUUUUCAUAACGUUGCAUGCAUAUUUCACCUACCAAAGCUGUGCUGUUAAUGCCAUGAAAGUUUAACGUUUGCGAUAAACUGCCGUAAUUUUGAUACAUCUGUGAUUUAGGUCAUUAAUUUAGAUAAACUAGCUCAUUAUUUCCAUCUUUGGAAAACGAAAAAAAAACCUUUUAGGCAUUUGCCUAAGUUUCUUUAAUUAGACUUGUAGGCACUCUUCACUUAAAUACCUCAGUUCUUCUUUUCUUUUGCAUGCAUUUUCCCCCUGUUUGGUGCUAUGUUUAUGUAUUAUGCUUGAAAUUUUAAUUUUUUUUUUUUUUUUUUUGCACUGUAACUAUAAUACCUCUUAAUUUACCUUUUUAAAAGCUGUGGGUCAGUCUUGCACUCCCAUCAACAUACCAGUAGAGGUUUGCUGCAAUUUGCCCUGUUAAUUAUGCUUGAAGUUUAAGAAAGCUGAGCAGAGGUGUCUCGUAUUUCCCAGCACAUGAUUCUGAAGUUGAUGCUUCAUGGAAUGCUGCAUUUAUGUGUAAGUGACAUUUGAAUACUGUCCUUCCUGCUUUAUCUGCAUCAUCCACCCACAGAGAAAUGCCUCUGUGCGAGUGCACCCACAGAAAACUGUCAGCUCUGCUCUCUAAGGAACCCUGAGUGAGGGGGAUAUUAAGCUUCUCCGGUGUUUUUCGUUAUCUCCAAUCUUAAACUUAAAUUGAGAUCUAAAUUGUUAAAUGAGUUUUUGAGCAAAUUAGUUUAGGUGACUUGUUUUACAACUAUUUAAUUCUGAUUUGGAACCUUAAGGUGUCUAUUUGAUUUUUAAAAAAACCUUAAUGUAAGAUAUGGCCAGUUAAAACAAAGCAAUUCUUGAAUUAUAUAACUGUAAAAGUGCAGUUAACAAGUAAGGCUGGAUGUGAAUUUUAUUGUGAGGGUGAUUUGUGAUCAAGUUUAUUCACAAAUCUCUUAAUAUUUAUAAACUACCUGAUGCCAGGAGCUUAGGGCUUUGCAUUGUGUCUAAUACAUUGAUUCCAAUGUUACGGAGUUCUCUUGAUUCCUGGCACCAAAAUCAGAUUGUUUUCACAGUUACAAUUCCCAGUGGGAGAAAAAUGCCUCAAUAUAUUUGUAACCUUAAGAAGAGUAUUUUUUUGUUAAUACUAAGAUGUUCAGACUUAGACAUGAUUAGGUCAUACAUUCUCAGGGGUUCAAAUUUCCUUCUACAUUCAAAAUGUUUUAUCAACAGCAAACUUCAGCUAUUUCACUUUUUGUUGGAGAAAAAUAGUGGAUUUUAAUUUGACUCACAGUUUGAAGCAUUCUAUGAUCCCCUGGUUACUAAGUUAAAAAAUAAAAAAGUACGAGUUAGACAUAUGAAAUGGUUAUGAACGCUUUUGUGCUGCUGAUUUUUAAUGCUGUAAAGUUGUCCUCUGUUUAGCUUGUUGAAAUGUUUUGCAUCUGUCAAUUAAGAAAAAAAAAUCAUUCUAUGUUGCCCCACUUUAGAACCCUAUGUGCCACCCUUCUGUUCCUGUAAUUGCAAUGUGAGACCGAAUGUAAUAUGGAAAACCUACCAGUGGGGUGUGGUUGUGCUCUGAGCACAUGUGUAAAGGACUGGGGAGGCGUAUCUUGACAAAGCAACUGCAGAAAUUCCGUAUGAUGAUUGUGUGCAAGUUAGUUGACAUGAACCUUCAUUUGUAAAUUUUUUAAAAUUUCUUUUAUAAUAUACUUUCCGCAGUCCUAACUAUGCUGCGUUUUAUAAUAGCUUUUUCCCUUCUGUUCUGUUCAUGUAGCACAGAUAAGCAUUGCACUUGGUACCAUGCUUUACCUCAUUUCAAGAAAAUAUGCUUAACAGAGAGGAAAAAAAUGUGGUUUGGCCUUGCUGCUGUUUUGAUUUAUGGAAUUUGAAAAAGAUAAUUAUAAUGCCUGCAAUGUGUCAUAUACUCGCACAACUUAAAUAGGUCAUUUUUGUCUGUGGCAUUUUUACUGUUUGUGAAAGUAUGAAAAAGAUUUGUUAACUGAACUCUUAAUUAUGUUUUUAAAAUGUGUGUUAUAUUUGUUUUCUUUUUUCUUUUAUAUUACGUGAAGUGAUGAAAUUUAGAGUGACCUCUAACACUCCUGUAAUUGUCUUUUAAAAUACUGAUAUUUUUAUUUGUUAAUAAUACUUUGCCCUCAGAAAGAUUCUAAUACCCUGCCUUGACAACAUGAAACUUGAGGCUGCUUUGGUUCGUGAAUCCAGGUGUUCCCCUGGCAGUCAGUUCCUUCAGUCGCUCCCUGGAGGCAGGUGGGGACUGCAGAGGAUCCCUGGAAUCCAGACCGAGCGCAGUUGAUGCACAAGGCCCCGUUGAUUUAAAAUAUUGGAUCUUGCUCUGUUAGGGUGUCUGAUCCCUUUACACAAGAUUUAAGCCACCCAACUGAGACCUUGAUACCCUUUUUAAACUGCAUCUGAAAUUAUGUUAAGAGUCCUUAACCCAUUUGCAUUAUCUGCGGAAGAGAAACUCAUGUCAUGUAUAAUUAUUACCUAUAUGGUUGUUUUAAUUACAUUUGAAUAAUUAUAUUUUUCCAACCACUGAUUACUUUUCAGGAAUUUAAUUAUUUCCAGAUAAAUUUCUUUAUUUUAUAUUGUACAUGGAAAGUUUUAAAGAUAUGUUUAAGACCAAGACUAUUAAAAUGAUUUUUAAAGUUGUUGGAGACGCCAAUAGCAAUAUUUAGGAAAUUUGCAUUGAGACCAUUGUAUUUUCCACUAGCAGUGAAAAUGAUUUUUCACAACUAACUUGUAAAUAUAUUUUAAUCAUUACUUGUUUUUUUUUCCUAGUCCAUUUUUAUUUGGACAUCAACCACAGACAAUUUAAAUUUUAUAGAUGCACUAAGAAUUCACUGCAGCAGCAGGUUACAUAGCAAAAAUGCAAAGGUGAACAGGAAGUAAAUUUCUGGCUUUUCUGCUGUAAAUAGUGAAGGAAAAUUACUAAAUUCAAGUAAAACUAAUGCAUAUAAUUUGAUUGACAGUAAAAUAUUUACCAUCACAUGCUGCAGCUGUUUUUUAAGGAACAUGAUGUCAUUCAUUCAUACAGUAAUCAUGCUGCAGAAAUUUGCAAUCUGCACCUUAUGGAUCACAAUUACCUUUAGUUGUUUUUUUUGUAAUAAUUGUAGCCGAGUAAAUCUCCAAUAAAGUUAUCGUCUGUUCA